UACUCUUUUCAGCUCACUAACGGCCACGUCCGUAAAAUCCUAUACUGAAUAGAGGAUUUCUAAGCAGAAUCGUGUGUUUGCGCCUGGUGCCUGCAUAUCAAGGCCAUAAGGGCGGCCCCAGCAACAGAUAAGUACAAAUAUCGAAGGAAUUUUCCAAUCAAGUUGAAACUUAACCCCAACUUUCCUCGCACCAAUCCAUCUUUCCACGCUGCAAGAUGACUACGAAAACAUCAAGUCAAAAAGUUUUGGUCCCAGGUGUACCCAUUACUGGAGACCAGCUCUCACUCUUCACGGCCAUCAACACCUACGUGCAUACCUACAUGUCACAGUAUGACAACUCUCACGACUACCACCAUAUCCUACGUGUAAUCUCGAACGCGAACCAGAUCCUCCAAGAUGAAAGCAAGACCAACUCAGCGAUCGUGUACGACACCACGGGUCUCUUCCUAGCCGCCCUUCUACACGAUGUCGGCGACCACAAGUACGCGAAGCCCGGCGAAGACACCGAGAACCAAGUCCGCAACAUUCUCCUUGACCACGGCGCCAGCACAGAUCUUGCAGCAAAGGUCCAGAUUAUCGUAAAGCACGUCGGCUACACCAACGAAGUGCGUGACCCGCAAUCAGUCACCGAUGUCCUUGCGCAGUACCCUGAGCUCGCGAUCGUACAGGACGCAGAUCGUCUGGAUGCCAUUGGCGCUGUUGGUAUCGGGCGCUGCUUCUCGUUUGGGGCGGCCAAGUUUCCAGACCAGCCCAUGGGACGGGCAAUUGAUCACUUUGAGGAGAAAUUGUACAAGCUAGAAGGCAUGAUGAAGACGCAGGCAGGAAAGAGCCUGGCAAGGAGAAGAACAGGUUUGCUGAGGGAGUUCGCGAACGAGUGGAGGCAAGAGGAGAAGCUUAGCUAUGAGCUGCACUAAGCUACCGGAUUACUAAUUCACUGGUUUCUGAGGAGCGUUUGGAAGGAAGCUGUGACUACCAGAUGGACACAUAGAUGUUGUCAAUGUGCUAGCAACGAGCACAUAUCACUCACGAUCCAUCCUUUCAUAGGUCCAGCUCUGUGUAUCCAAAUCACAAAUAUGAGUCACUUUGGACCCUAUCUUUUCGUAGCUAGACUGUGACUAGGAUCAUCUGACCGCGUUUUGCACCAUAGAAAAGUAACGAGGGGGGAGACAAUGUGGAUGAAAUGCAAGAUGCACGAAUUGGAGCGAACUACA